UUUGGCCCAAUAAAUUUCGAACUAAUAAGCCCAAAACUUUAUCUAGUGGGUUUGAUAAGAGCAAAAUGGACUAACUCUCGUUCAUAUAUUUCACCGGCGAACUCCUCGGCGAUGUCCAUCUCCGGUUAACUUCUCGGUCCGACGAACUUCAACUGGAAGUGAAGUUGGAAAAAAGUAAGUGUAGCAUUGUUCAAAGUUUUUGUCGUAAAAUGGUCAUUCAUAUCCUCUUUUAGCUCUUUGUGGCCGUGGUCUGUGAACGGAUUGAGAAGUACUCAUGUUUGUCAUCCAACUACGCUCCCGUUGUUUAUCUACUCACUUACAUUAUCUUUACUCCCUACCUGCUGGUCCCAUUUCUUCUUUCAGUUUCUCAUUUUCAUCUCUACCUAAAGUCGUGACCAAAAAUUCUGCUCAAAAUGGAAACAAAGAAAACCAUGUUCUCGUUAACUACCUAAUAAACACCUUGGACUUUUCAAAACCUAGAGCCCUGGCAGUAUCCAAUCAUUGCCAUUCGGUUAGAAGUGUCGAAAAACCUGAAUUAGUUGUCCAUUUCUUCAAGUCCAUUGGAUUCACAUAUGUACAAAUCAAAUCCACUGUUAAUUCUGCCCCACAAAUCCUCAAUGCCGAUGUCGAAAAGACAAUCAAGCCAAAGAUUCAUCUAUUUCAAGAAUUGGGUAUCACUGGUUCUGAUCUGUGUAAGCUUAUUUCCACACAUGCGAACUUGUUAACACGUAGUGUGGAGAAAGCUAUAAAGCCUUCCAUUGAAGUUCUCAACAAAGUCCUUGUAAAUGGUACUGAAAAUGGCGAUUUGUUUCGGGUUCUACAUAGGUCUGGUUGGGUUAUUCAGAAAUCACCUCACUUGAGACUGAUUCCUAAUAUUUUAUAUCUAGAGAGCAUUGGAGUUGUUGGGUUUCGACUAUCAUCACUUUUGAAGAAUCAACCUUGUCUUCUUGCUUUGCCUCAAUCUGAGCUUAAAAAGCGUGUUUCUAAACUUCUAGAUAUUGGGUUUUAUACUGAUUCAAGAAUGUUUCUACAUGGGCUUUAUACUCUAGGUAGUAUUACCCAUGAGACUUUUUUGAGAAAAUUGCAAUUGUUUCAAAGUUUUGGUUUCUCCGAGAAUAAGUGCAUGGAAAUGUUUAGGAUUGCACCAAGUUUAUUCCGAACUUCCGAGAAGAAAAUAAGACUCGGACUAGAGUUCUUCUUGGGAACAGUGAAGUUAACGGAGUCAACUUUAGUACAACAUCCUUCACUUUUGAUGUUUAGCAUGGAGAAGAGAGUGAUUCCCAGAUAUAAAGUUCUUCAGCUGAUAAAGUCAAAAAAGCUUGUGAAGAAAGAACCGAGUUUUUAUUCUGCAAUAUGUUUCCGGGAGCAUGUGUUCUUGGAAAAGUAUGUGUUAAGGUUUCCAGAAUCUGCAGAGGAAUUAUUGAUGGCCUACAAGGUCCAUUCUCUAGAUGUAGGAGAAGAAUAAACAUGUUCCUUGAGAAUUAAGCCGCAUUCUAUCUUUUUCAAAGUAAAAUAUGUUGGUGAUCUUACUAGGCUUCAAGAUGCCCUAUGAUUUGCAAAAAUGUCAUGCUAGUGUGAGCUCUCUUCGUUCGGUGCUGCUAUUACUACAUCCAUCUAUUUUUCUGACGACCUCUUCAGCGAUAUCUAUCUCAGUCGAAAUUUAGUAGAAAGUUUACUCAUGGUCUCUUUUGCUUUCUUCCGUGGGAUUCCUACUUUGUGUUUCUAGUGCAAAGUUUUAAUGAUGUAGCGCGGAUAAUGAACUGAAGUGUAUGCUGCUCUGUGUUUUGUUUCAGCAAUUUAUUUGCAUUCUCUUAUGAAUUAUAUGUGAUAUUCCAUUUUUCUUCUUUUCAUUAUUGCAAAGUUUCUGUUAAUUUAUACGAGAAUUAGAAAAAAAAUAUGAAUGUCGUCAAAGAUUAUAUUUUUAUCA